AACUUCUUUAUUAAGUGAUUGAGAACAUAGUUAUUUAUAUAACCUUAAUUAAUUUUUAAUAGUUACAUUACGAAGAUAAGAUAAAUAAUAUAGGUUUUUUUAUCAAUUUAUCUAUUGAAUCUUACUGAUCAAUUUGAUGAUAAAAAUAUAUUUAUUUAGGUGUCGAAACUAGGAAUAUGUUGCGAUUAAAUGGUCCUAUUGGAUGGGUUCUUGCAGUUUUGAUGCAGGGGGCUUUACUACCCGCUGUUAUAUUGGCUCAAACGGAAAACCCCAAUGUAUCUUGUGACAACGAAUAUGCUUAUUAUCCUGAUCCAAACGAUUGCAGCUCAUUUUUUCAAUGUAUAAAUGGCACCAAACAGCACAUGGAGUGUGUUUUUCCACUCCUUUGGGAUAACCAUAUACAAGGAUGUGAAGAAGAGUCCGACUGUUCACAAGUCAUUUCAACAACUUCGGGUAAUUCCGAAUCAACUUCAACACAAGUCAUUUCAACAACUUUCGGUACUUCCGAACCAACUUCAACAAAAGUCAUUUCAACAACUCCCGGCGAAACAACUUCAACGUCAACAUGUAACGAUAAUGACUUAAAACCUGACCCCAAGAAUUGCAAGAGUUUUUAUUUUUGUGAAAAUAACCAAUGGUAUGGCCCUCAGGACUGUCCUUCAGACCUAUUUUGGAGUGACACCAAAAACGGAUGUGUUAAUUAUACCGAAUCAGACUGUGGUCAGACCACACCGGAGAAUAUAAUAUACUACUAAAAUAAGUGAGGGAGCAACGAAGUAAUAUGAAAAAAAUCAGGAUUUUGUAUGCAAUAUACUUGCAGAUUAAUUUUUUAGCCCAACAAACUUUGAUUUAUGUACUAAUUGUUAAUUAAAAUGCUUCACUAUAACAGAUCAUGUUCUUAAAUUAAUUUUGUAAAAUAUUUUAUAUACUUAAUAAAACUCUUUAAAUGAACUAAAA